AUGUCGCUACAAGCCUACAUUGACCAAAGGGUCCUGGUCAUCACAGUUGACGGGCGAACACUGGUCGGCACACUACUGUCCUGCGAUCAAGUCACCAACAUCGUUCUCAAUGAAACUGUCGAGCGGAUCAUCCGGCCUGCAGAUGACCCUGAGCCCAGUUCAGAGGUCAGCCAUGGCCUGUACCUUGUACGUGGCGACAACAUCACGAUAGUAGGCCUGGUGGAUCAAGAGUUGGACAACAGUAUCGACUGGGAGAAGGUUCGAGGGGAGGUCAUUGGGACCACGAAACAUGUGUGA